AUGCCCUCGGCAGCCCUCCCGGCUGCCACCCCCAAGUGGUACAGCAACCGGGUGUGGUGUGCAGCGGCCCUCUUCGCGGUCCUCGUCCUGUGCAGCCUCAAUGUUGCCAAACUGAUGGGCACGGCGCACUCUGGAGUCGAGGUGGUGACCGCCGCCGGUCAAGGGUCCACUCUGCAGGUGGGGACCCUGGCCGGCCCUGCCGAUGCUGCCACCAGCGAUGGAGUGGAGUCGGGCAAGUUCUCAAACGGCCCCGCUCCUACGACGGCAAGUUCACUGGCGGAUUCGAUCGUGGCGACGCUGAGCCAGUUCACAAACUCCACCUCCAAGUCCAUCCGGGAGUGGAUGGUGGUGGUGCCUGCAAACAGCACCAAUGCGACGGAAGCCAAGGCUGCGGACACUCAGGGGGAGCCCGAGAAAAAGUUCGUCCCCGCAGAGCUCCCGCCGGCCGAGGUUUGGAGCAGGAGCGGCGACGCCUGCGCCGACGCCCUCAAGAUCCCCAAGGUGGCGAUGCUCUUCCUGACCAAGGGCGACCUCUUCCACCACGCCGCCCUGGCCGGGCCCGGCGCUGGCGACGACGACGCGGCGGUGAUUGACGCCCAGCACCUGUUCAGCGUCUACGUGCACGCGCCGCCCGGGGUGCAGGACAGCUCGCUGCCGCCCCUGUUCCAGGGGCGCCUGGUCAGCAGGCGCAUCGACGCCGCCUGGGGGUCCCACGGCCUGGUGGAGGCCGCGCGCAACCUGCUGUGGGAGGCGUACAAGGAGCCCACCAACCAGAGGUUCAUGCUCGUCAGCGAGAGCGACAUCCCCCUCUACGACCCGAUGACCAUGUACCAGCAGCUCGUCAGCGAGGAGGGCUCACGCGUCAAUGGCUGCGCCCACAGCCGCACAGACCGAAGACGCUGGACGUGGCGGAUGAGGAGCGCAAACCUGAAGGCGUACCACUGGCGGAAGAGCACACAGUGGUUCAUGCUGACAAGGCCCCACGCCGAAUUGGUCCUGGGGGACACAGAAGUCUACAGGAGAUUUGAGGAGCAUUGCUGGUACGGCUGGGACAACGAUUACCGACGCUGGAGGGACUGUUUCAGCGACGAGCACUAUAUGCCGACCCUAUUUGCCGUGCACAAGAUCCAAACUGACUCGAACUGCGGCGCGGUGGGCGUGGCCGCCACAAAUUGGAGUGGCGGUGCCCACCCCCGGUCUUACAGCCAAGAGGACGUCACGCCCGCGCUCCUGACAGAGGCACUGAGGUCGCCGCAGGACGGCUGCGAUGCCCAGUCUGCGUGGGAGGCGGCCCAGAAGAUGUUUGUCAAGGUGGACGAGGCCUUCAACAGCGGCCUGUGCAAGGUGCCCCUGCCGGAGUACGAGAGCCAUCUGACCUCGCUGUGCAAGGUCACGGCGCGCAAGUUCCCGGUGGAGGUGGUCCAGCAGACCGCCACGCUCUUCACGGACUGCAACAACGGCCUCCACCUGCUGGCCCCCGGCGACGAGGACUCACAGAGGGCUGGAGUGGACACGGAGAGCGAACCAGACCCUCCCCAAAAAGUUCCGUUUGCACUCAACACCACCGCAGUCCUCGUGCCGCCAGAGACGCUGCCAAGUAGUCCAGAUGCCUGUGCUGAGGCGCUGGGCAUACCCAAGGUCGCCCUGCUCUUCCUCACACGCGGGGACCUCUACCUCAGCCCCGCCUGGAGGCUCUGGUUCCAGUCUGCGGCCGGCGUCGUCCCCCGCACCGCCGCCCGCUGCUCCGGGGUGGCUUCCGAGGCCGUGCGGGCAGGCUGCCCCGGCCCGGGGCCCACCGCGGCACUGGACCUGCCAGACGAGCGCAUGAUAGACGCGCAGCACCUCUUCACUGCCUACGUGCAUGCACCCCCCAGCGUGAACGCCUCGGAGAUCCAGCCCCUGUUCCGGGACAGGCUCAUCGCGGCCCGCACGGAGACCUCCUGGGGCAGCAUAAACCUGGUGUAUGCGGCGCGCCUGCUGCUCUGGGAGGCCUUCCGCGACCCCGCCAACACCCGCUUCGUGCUGCUGAGCGAGAGCGACAUCCCCCUCUACGACGCGCGCACCUUCCACCACCAGCUGAUGCAGGAGACGCUGUCCAAGACCUCAGCCUGCCCUGCCACAGCGCAGGACAAGUACAGAUGGAACAAGGCCAUGCGGUCCGACCAGCUGGGCAUCAGGCACUGGCGGAAAGCUUCUCAAUGGUUCAUGCUGACGCGGGAGCAUGCAAAGGUGGUGCUGGAGGACGUUCAUGUUUUCAAACAGUGA